AUGGCACAAGCUGUAGUGGCUUCAAGGCCAGUUGAUGAAACAGCAAGAUGGACCUACCUCGACACCAUCCGCAAGAACCCCGGGCCCUUCACCGAUCCAAUUGCUGGUACGCAAGAGGCGAUCGACCAGUUCGACCAAAUCAAAGUCUUUGGUGCGGGAGGUUUGGGAUGCGAAAUUCUCAAAAACCUCGCCAUGUCCAAGUUCAAAGACAUACACGUGAUUGAUAUGGACACAAUCGACAUCUCGAAUCUCAACCGACAAUUCCUCUUUCGAAAGUCUGACGUUGGCAAGUACAAGGCAGAUAUCGCAGCCGAGUUUGUCAUGAAAAGAGUCAAGGGCGUCAACAUCACGGCACACAGCUGUCGUAUCCAGGACUUCGACACCGACUUCUACAAGCAGUUCCAGUUUGUUAUUUGCGGCUUGGACAGCAUUGAAGCACGGAGGUGGAUCAACGCCAUGUUGGUGUCCAUAGCCGAGGAGGGAGAGGACGCAGACUGCCUGAUCCCCAUGAUUGAUGGCGGCACCGAGGGCUUCAAGGGACAGGCGCGUGUCAUUGUGCCUUCCAUCACAUCUUGCAUCGAGUGCCAGCUCGACAUGCACGCGCCGAGAGCAGCUGUGCCGCUCUGCACCAUCGCUUCCAUUCCCCGUCAGCCAGAGCACUGCAUCGAGUGGGCGCACGUCAUUGCGUGGGAAAAAGAGAGGCCCUUCCCUCAGCUCGACAAGGACGACCCGGAACACAUCACAUGGCUGUACCAGAAGGCACUCGCGCGCGCAAACGAGUUCAACAUCACAGGCGUGACGUACGCAUCAACGCAAGGCGUUGUGAAGAACAUCAUACCCGCCAUUGCUUCCACAAAUGCCAUUAUUGCCGCCGCCUGCUGCAACGAGGCAUUCAAGCUUGCCAGUUCGGCCGCGCCUCCGCUCGGCAUGGAAGAGAACUAUAUGAUGUACUCUGGCAACGACAGCAUCUACACAUACACUUUUAAGCACGAGAAGAAGGACGACUGUCCCGUGUGCGGCCAGCAGGCACGGCCACUGGAGGUCAAGCCGACGAUGACGCUGCAAGAGCUGGUGGAUUCGCUGGCAGUGCGGCCUGAGGCGCAGCUCAAGAAGCCAUCCCUCCGAGGCGAGGGCAAGACACUGUACAUGCAGUUUCCUCCGUCGCUGGAGGAGAAGACGAGGCCGAACCUCGAGAAGACUCUGGAGGAGCUCGAGCUUGUGGAUGGGCAGAACGUAGUGGUGACUGAUCCCGCGUUCCCUCUGGAGUUCAACUUUUUCCUGCGGUUCAACCAGAACGCUUGA